ACAUCUUUUUGAUAGAAAUGUUUCAUCUAUUUUAGUUAUUUUCACAAAUCGUUUACAACUUUCACCAGCCCCCGAAAAACUACCAAAAAUAUUUCCAUCUCAUCUCUUCACUUUCGCACCUCUCCUUCCUCAGUCUUCAUUCUUCACUCACAGACACAGUCAAUGAAAUGUGCAGUCUCAAACUCCAACUCACCCAACUGGGCAUCUCUCAAAUCCCUCAAAAACAAACUUCAAUUCACAACCACACACUCUAUCCUGUAAUUUUACAUAUGGGUUCCUCUACUUUUAGACGAAGAACAACAACUAUAACUUGUGGGCUCAGAAAAAUGGGACCUAAAAAACCUUUGUGGAGGUCAAGUUUUUUGUCAACUGAAGCAAUUCAAGCAGUUCAGUCUCUUAAACUUGCCAAAUCUCCCGCCAAAUUACAGCAAGUUUUUGACACUAAAAUUGCACGCCUUUUGAAGGCUGAUUUGUUGGAUACUUUGACUGAACUUCAGAGACAAAAUGAGUUGGAUUUAGCUCUUAAGGUGUUCGAUUUUGUGAAAAAGGAGUCGUGGUAUUCACCAAAUGUGUCCCUAUACUACGACAUGAUUCUACUGCUGGGAAAGAACAAGCUGAUUGACAAGGCUGAAGAGCUUUUUGAUGAACUGAAGAAAGAGGGUUUACAACCUGAUGUACGAGCAUAUACUGAAUUGAUUGGUGUUUAUUUUCAAGUUGAUAAGGUAGGAAAAGCAAUGGAAACCUACAACGAGAUGAAAGCUUCUGGUUGUACGCCAGAUAAGUUAACGUUAAUGAUUAUGGUAAGAAAUCUGGAGAAGGCUGGAGAAGAAGAACUUGCAGCCUCGGUGAAGAGAGACUUUGAAGAAUAUGUGGAUGAACCUGAAAAGUUCCUUGAAGAAGUAGAAAGGAAAUAUGCAAGAGAGCCCAUUGGCAUAUGAUUUUUUUUCAGCUGUAAUUUUGUAUCCCUUUUAACUUCAGCUCGACGAAAGUGGCUUGUUUGUUCAUGUUUCUACAUUGUUCCAGACAUACAGAUUGCUCGAUGUCGAGAAUGGCUAAAUAUCUUAAUCGUUCGAUGUAGAUAUCUAAAUGCUUAAAACAUCAGUUUGUAGGACAUUUAUGUAACUUCACUUUGAGGUGGAUCUUGUAACUUUCCUAUUUCACAUUUAGAUAUAUGAAACUUUAUGUAUAUGGUUUUUUCUA